UUUACCCAUCAGAGCAUAAUUUACCCUUUCUUCGAUCCGCAAACCCUAGAUACACACUAUCCGCCUCUUCUCUCUCUCUCUCUCUCUCUCUCUCUCUCUCUCUACCUGACAAUGGAGCUGGAAUCCUCUCCAGACUCCUCCAAGAAGACGCUACAAUCUUCAUCUUCACAAAACCCUUCAACGUUGGACGAAAUCAAGACCCCCGAGAAGCUGAUUGGAAAGCCAAAGAAAAAAGUUGAUGGGUCGGUAAAGCUUCCGCAAAAGUAUGAGAUAUUGGGUAAGUUCUUUGAUAGCUUGGAUAGUUCAAUCCGGUUGCUUCGGUUGAAGGGCUGUACGUCCACAUUUACAAAUAUUAGUCCCAAAGUCGAGUGUUUGACCGACAGGAGGUUCUCCUAUGCCCAUUUGGCACAACUGAAGUUUAUUUUACCAGAAGUGAUUGUGGUGAAGAAGGUACUUGUACACGAUGAGCGAACAAGUUGUAUGAAGCCGGACCUUCAUAUUGCACUGAAUGUCGAUGCCGUUAAGGAUGAAGGGGAGCUGAAAUCGACCAGUGGGAAUUCAAAUAUGAGGAAGAUCUUCCACAGCAGACUCUUGGAUUUCUGUAAAGCCCAUCCCGAGGGGGAAGUUCCGGAGGAAAAUCUGCCAGAGCCAUUCAACAAGUCAAAGCUAGAUAUGCAUACAAGCACAAGCAAUGCUUCUAUUUCAUCUUGGAUAGGUGAGACAUCAACUGGAGUACUUCCAGAACAGCAGCCAGCAGCAGCAACCCAUCUAUCUCAUACUUUCCGGAAGCACUUCUCACAAAAAGUUUCAAGCUAUGCUACGACAAAUUCAGACCAAGAAAAGGAUGCAGUGUGUCUGCAACCUUCAGCUCUCUUUGUUUCAAAGCUAGAUGUUGACCAGAGUUCCAAUGGAGAGAGAAUCAGUGCAUAUUCUUCUCCGUCCAUCGGUAAAUUGUCCUUAAAACCACUCACAAGUAACACAUGUUCGUCCCUUGGGGCUUCUCAAGCAAGUGUAACACCGUCUCAUCCACAUACGACUCCACUAAAAGAGAGAGAGAUGGAAAAUGAAACCUCUUCUUCUGUUGGAACCGCUACAAUUCAAGGAACUCCUGCGAAACUUGUUUCAACUCCAGUGAAGCUGAUGAGUGCCACACCUGCACUACGAACACCAAAGAGGAGUUAUAUGAGCCCAGAUGACUACUCAAAGGCUUCACAGAACAAAUUAAUUAGACGACCACUCUGUAACAGAUCACUCGAAUUUGACAGUCCAGUCUAUAACAGAUCACUCAUAUUUGACAGUCCAGUGAAAAAUGCUGAAGUCAAGGAUGAAGUGAAUCUUGUCGGAGGAUUGUCAGUUGACAACAAUAUUCUUGAUAUUCUUCCUGAGAAACUUCUGGAAUCGAUUAAAGAGAAAGAGCGAAAAGCAGUAGAGGUGAAGGAUCCAGCCAUCUCACAAGCCAAGAGGCGGCAAAAGAUGAUUGCCAGUUUACCGAAACUCUUUGACGUGAUCCGUUUCUUGUUUCAGUCAAUCAAGCGUUCUGUCAUCACAAAGGAGGAGUUUAUGCACAGGAUAGUGGCCAACCACCUAGAUAUUGUUGAUAGAAGAGACGUUGAAGAGCAACUUAAACUUUUGCAAGAACUGACUCCUGAAUGGAUUUACGAGAAGUUGGCAUCUAGUGGGGAUCUUCUCAUAUGCAUCAACAAGAAGUUUAGUCCGGACUCGAUGCGUGCAAGACUUGUGGAAGCGAAGUGAGAGAACAAUCAUUGGAACUUGAAAGUGAGAGAGCGUCAAUUCCAUUGACAUCCUCAAGUUCAGUUAAUUUAGGAAUGGGCUCUUACAUUGUCCUUUUUUUAUUUCUUCACUUGAGUGGGAUAUGAUGCAAUUAUGUCCAUUAGAAAUGUUGCAAUGAUUUUUUGCCAAGAUAGACAUGUUGAGUAAGCAAUGCAACAAGUUAUAAUGAACUUGCUGUAUUCUUGCCUUGGUAUCAAUGGAGACAGAAAAAGGGGGCCGGACUCGCAAAAUUCUUGCUAU